AGCGCGUGACGCGGGGGCGCGCAGCGGCUCGGAAGCGUGCGGGCAGCAGCGGGACAGCGGGCGAGCGGGUGGCAUGGCGGCUGCGGCGACGACCACUGAGCUCGAGGCGCCAGAGCCCAUGCCGAGCUAUGCGCAGAUGUUGCAGCGAAGCUGGGCCUCGGCGCUGGCGGCGGCGCGGGGCUGCGGGGACUGCGGCUGGGGAUUGGCACGCCGCGGCCUGGCGGAGCACGCGCACCUGGCUGCGCCCGAGCUGCUGCUGGCCGCGCUGUGCGCUCUGGGCUGGACCGCGCUGCGCUCGGCGGCCACCGCGCGCCUCUUUCGGCCCCUGGCCAAGCGGUGUCGUCUGCAGCCCAGAGAUGCUGCCAGGUUACCCGAGAGCGCCUGGAAGCUUCUCUUCUACCUGGGCUGUUGGAGCUAUUGUGCCUACCUGCUCCUGGGUACCCGCUACCCCUUCUUCCACGACCCGCCCUCCGUCUUCCGUGACUGGAGGUCGGGCAUGGCGGUGCCCUGGGACAUAGCCACCGCCUACCUGCUGCAGGGCAGUUUCUACUGCCACGCCAUCUACGCCACCGUGUACAUGGACACCUGGCGCAAGGACUCUGUGGUCAUGCUGGUGCACCACGUGGUCACGCUGCUCCUCAUCGCCUCUUCCUACGCCUUCCGGUACCACAACGUGGGCCUCCUCGUGUUCUUCCUGCACGAUGUUAGCGAUGUGCAGCUGGAGUUCACCAAGCUCAACAUCUACUUCAAGGCCAGGGGCGGCGCCUACCACCGUUUGCACGGGCUGGUGGCCAACCUGGGCUGCCUCAGCUUCUGCUUCUGCUGGUUCUGGUUCCGCCUCUACUGGUUCCCGCUGAAGGUUCUGUACGCCACCUGCCACACCAGCCUGCGGUCGGUGCCCGACAUUCCGUACUACUUCUUCUUCAACGUCCUCCUGCUGCUCCUCGCCGUCAUGAACAUCUACUGGUUCCUGUACAUCGUGGCUUUCGCUGCCAAGGUGCUAACUGGCCAGAUGCGUGAACUGGAGGACCUGAGGGAAUACGACACUUUGGAAGCUCAGACCACCAAGCCCUGCAAAGCUGAGAAGCCGCUGAGGAACGGGCUGGUGAAGGACAAGCUCUUCUGAGUCCCCGUCCUCAGCUCGGCCCUCCCGGACUCCUCCUUCCUACCUGGGAGACUGGCCCCGCCCCCGGAGACCCGACCCAGUUCCUGGAGGUCGGCU